CGCAGCGCCCUCCUUCUCCUCCCUCUCCUCUUUCGGCGGAGUUGUGGGUUGCAGCGUUGCAACGAGCGCAGAUCCGAGAGGGUCGCCUUCGGGAGGGACCCCGACUUUUGCCGCGCCUGCCGGGGCGUUACUCCUCCUGGUCUCCGUCCGAGCGGAAAGGGGGCGCCCGCCUCCCCGUCUGAACACCCUGCUCUUCGGCGGGCAGCAGCAGCAGCAGCAGCGCACGCCAUCCGUGCAGAGUCUCGCUCGCCUCCCAGGCGCGCCGCCCGGACGAGUCUGUGUCCCGAAGUCCAAGCCGGCCGCUUUCCCUUACGGCGCUUCCGACGGUCAGUCCCCCACCCCGGCGCGCAAGAUGCUCUUCGCCGGCUUCGAGCUGCUCUCGGCGCUGGCCACCGCCGCCGCCUGCCUGGCCUCGCUGACGCUCCUGCUGGCCGUCUCGCAGCAACUGUGGCAGCUGCGCUGGGCCGCCACGCGCGACAAGAGCUGCAAGCUACCCAUCCCUAAGGGCACCAUGGGCUUCCCGCUGGUGGGCGAGACCUUCCACUGGCUGCUGCAGGGCCCCGGCUUCCAGUCCUCACGGCGGGAGAGAUACGGCAACGUCUUCAAGACCCACCUGCUGGGCCGGCCGCUGAUCCGCGUGACGGGCGCCGAGAACGUGCGCAAGAUCCUGAUGGGCGAGCACAGCCUGGUCAGCACCGAGUGGCCGCGCAGUACCCGCCUCCUCCUGGGCCCCAACACCGUGGCCAACUCCAUCGGCGACGUCCACCGGCACAAGCGGAAGGGGAUUCGCGCCAGGGAGAUCUUGCAGAAGGUCUUAGAAAAAGCCAUCCGGGAAAAGCUGCAGAGCUCGCAAGGCAAGGACUACCUGGAUGCCCUGGACCUGCUGAUCGAAAGCGGCAAAGAAUAUGGCAAGGAGCUGACCAUGCAGGAGCUGAAGGAUGGCACCCUGGAGCUGAUCUUCGCCGCCUAUGCCACCACCGCCAGUGCCAGCACCUCUCUGAUCAUGCAGCUGCUGAAACACCCGUCGGUUCUGGAGAAGCUUCGCGAAGAGCUGAGGAGCAAGAGCCUGCUGCACAACGGCUGCCUCUGCGAGGGGGGCCUUCAUCUGGAGACCAUCCACAGCCUUCAGUACCUGGACUGUGUCAUCAAGGAGGUGCUCCGGCUUUUCACCCCCAUUUCGGGGGGGUACCGGACGGUGCUGCAGACCUUUGAGCUGGAUGGCUUCCAGAUCCCCAAAGGAUGGAGCAUCAUGUACAGCAUCCGAGACACCCACGACACCGCUCCCGUCUUCAAGGACGUGGACGUCUUUGACCCCGAUCGCUUCAGCCAGGACCGCAGCGAAGACAAAGAUGGCCGCUUCCACUACUUGCCCUUCGGCGGAGGGGUACGGACCUGUCUCGGCAAACACCUGGCCAAGCUGUUCCUCAAAGUGCUGGCCAUCGAGCUGGCCAGCAUGAGCCGCUUUGAGCUGGCCACCAGGACUUUCCCUCCGGUCACCCUGGUGCCGGUGGUGCACCCGGUCGAUGGACUCAAGGUCAAAUUUUUUGGACUCGAUUCAAACCAGAAUGAAAUCUUGACAGAGCAAGAGGCCACGUUGGAGGCCACGGUGUAGGCCAAAGCGUGCUCUGGGCUGGCGAGGUAGGAAGAGACCGGAACAGAGACGGGGAAGGAAGAAGCUCGACCCACCACCGCUGGAGGGAGAAGGGCUGACCUUGGUGGACACAUUCGGCAAAAGCCGCCUCCAGAGAAUAUGCCAAAACUGUGCGGGUGUUUCACUUGGGUGUGUUUGUGUGUGUGUGUGUGUGUGUGAACAGUGGAUUUCUCCUCCGGGGCUUUCUGUUCGGUUUCAUGUUUGAACACCGGCGAGAAGCAAAUUGUGUUGACCAUAACCAGCGUAUGUAUGUGUGUGUGUAUAUAUAUAUAUAUAUACACUUACUCCCAAGUGUUAAUCAGGCAGUUGUCAUUCCACAGUAGUUGGGAACUCUUUUUUUUGUCUUUGCUAUUCAACAUGGCCAUGGGACUCCCCAAGGGGGCCCCCGGGUGCAAAAUCGACCCUGCUUGCUUUUGUGGCACGAGGGUGGGAAGGAGCCCUCCCUGCAGGCAUCAGGUAUAACAACAACAUCCAGGAAGGGAGGGGAUCAGGAAGAUGGCUGGGGAACAGAGGUGGUAUUCAGCCAGCUUGGACCGGUUCAGGAGAACCGGUAGUGCA